GAAUUUUAGGAACUUUUCACUAACGAAACACACUUCUGUGUCAGCACCGACAUCAAGAAGAGAACCUCACCAGCACCUCAGAACCCGCUUUGUCCCUCCCUGGUUCCUUCCCCUGGGUGCCUGGUGUGCUGCCGUCUCUCACUCGGGAGCUGGGGGCUCCCAGGUGCUCCUCCAACAGCUCAGUGCAGCAUGCUGGUGGGUCAGGGCCGGCACCUGUCCCUGGGGCCUCAGGCCUCCCUUCCUUCCCACAGCGGCCGAGAUCUCGGGUCUCUACAAUGACUCGGAGCCACCCCGAAAGACCAUGUGCAGAGGGGUGCUGAUGACCCUGCUGCAGCAGUCGGCCAUGACCCUGCCCCUGUGGAUCGGGAAGCCUGGUGACAAGCCCCCACCCCUCUGUGGGGCCAUCCCUGCCUCAGGAGACUACGUGGCCAGACCUGGAGACAAGGUGGCUGCCCGGGUGAAGGCCGUGGAUGGGGAUGAGCAGUGGAUCCUGGCCGAGCCCCAGGAUGACCACUCUAUCCUGUUUGAAGACACCUCCUAUGCAGACGGCUACUCCCCUCACCUCAGUGUGGCCCAGAGGUACCUGACAGCUUCUAAGGAGCCCAAGAAAAAGUGAUGCUGCCCGGCGGACUCGACGUCCUCCACCAUCUUGGGGCAGGACAGCAGAGGAU